CCAUACACGCCUUCUCUUCAAAUCUGAUCAUUUCUAUGGAAAAUUAAACUGCUGGGUUCGUUAUGGAAGAGCAAAUCAAGUCGGGAAUUUAUCAUGAACGUCAAAGAUUGCAGUUUUGCCUCCUUCAUGCCCUCAACAAUCUCUUUCAGGAGAAAGUUGCAUUUAGCCGAACAGAUUUGGAUGGGAUUGCUGAAGAGCUCAAUUUGGGUGAUCCCACCCCAGUAAAUUGGAACCCUAUUUCUGUUGUUUUUAAGCCUCACCAUAAUCUGUUUACUGGGAACUAUGAUGUUAAUGUUUUGAUUGCUGCCAUUGAAAGAAAAGGUAAGAAUAUAGUGUGGCAUGAUCGGAGAAAUGGGGCUAGUUCAAUUUCUGUUCUUGAUGGGUCUGAAGAUGAUGGGUUAAUGGGGAUUGUGCUGAAUAUUCCUGUGAAAAGGUAUGGUGGCCUUUGGAAGAAUAGGCAUUGGGUUAGUUUGAGAAAGAUUAAUGGGGUUUGGUAUAAUUUGGAUAGUGAUCUUAAGGCUCCUAUCGCAUUUGAGGAUGUCGAUGAAGUUAGGGUGUUCUUGGAUAGUGUUAUUCUUGCUGGUGGUGAAAUUCUACUUGUUAUGAAUGGUAAACAACAGGAUUGAAUGUAUGGCGAUUGUUUUGUUCGAAUCUAUGAUGUCGAAUUCAUGGUCAAUUGAUGAAGUCAGCUUUGAGAUCUUUGGAAUUUUUGGAACGAAGGCUGAUGCUUAGGCUAUUAUGUGAUACAUGAGCUCUGUUGUUUCAAGGGGAUUAAGGAAGGAGGUAAAGAAUGGAUGAUGCUCAUAUGUUAUGAUUUUUUUUUUUCUAGUUGGUGAAUGAAAUGUCUGAUGAAAAGAUUCAUGGUUCUGAGCUCUGUCAAAGUAGGUGAUAGUCUGGAAGGCGGGAUGCUGAAGAUUAUCAUGAUCGUCAAACUUCCAGCUUCUAUUAUGAAAGAUUUUCUCUGCAGUGGUACAGUUCUAUUUGUGCCGUGCUGGUUAGUGCUUUGUUCUCCGUUCUUUACUGUCCAUUGAUGUACUACGAUGCUGCAUAAAGAACACAAAUGCAAGUUAUUGUAUAGUUUUACAUGAGUAUAUAGUUUAUGGGUACAUGUGUUUUCUUACAGGAAUUCUUUUAGCAUAUUUUGUUCAAGUGUGAAUGGUGAAAAGUAUAAGAUUUCAUGAUUGUGCAAAA